ACAAACUUGUAAUGACCUAAAUCAUAGAAACAAAAAUGUUGAACCUAAAUAUCUCCAAACCACAGUCUACUCAUCAUCAAAUCCUACUUCCAAAAUACAAGCCAUUUAUCUUAGGAGGAAAUGCAUCUUUUGCAAUAUUUCCGAAGUUUAUCUCAGUGAGAAAACAUGAAAAUAUUCGUGUUGGGCAGGUGAGAAGCACGAUAAAAGCGGUGAAAACCUUGACCAAAAAGUCCACCACCACUGACGUUAAAGCAGUCAUCACUGUGCAGCAAACGGUGGGUGGAGUUCUCACUCACUUAGGGUUGAGCGGAGGGCUCGAUUUUAUAGUUGAUGUUCUUGGUAGAACUCUCCUUAUAGAGCUAAUUGCUGCGGAGGUUGAUCCUGAUAUCGGAUCAAAGAAGCCAACCAUCAAAGCCUAUGCUCAUAGAGCAGGCAAGAAAGACAACGAAAAUUAUUACAAGACAAAUUUCAAAAUUCCUGAUGAUUUUGGAGAGGUCGGAGCAAUAAGUGUAGAGAAUGAGCACCACAAAGAAAUGUUCGUAAAAAAUAUUGUCAUCGAUGGUGUAUCUGGUCACUCUACCACUUUCACUUGUAAUUCGUGGAUUCAUUCUAAGUUUGAUAAUAAACAGCCGAGGAUAUUUUUCGUGGACAAGUCGUAUUUACCAACUGAAACACCCAGUGGGCUAAAGAGUUACAGAAAAAAAGAGCUCGAAAUUCUGCGAGGCAAUGGCACAGGAGAACACAAGGCCUUCGAAAGGAUAUACGAUUAUGUUGUAUAUAAUGAUCUCGGCGAACCCGACAAAGGAGACGAAUUGAAGCGGCCGGUGCUCGGAGGAGCCGAACAUCCAUAUCCUCGACGGUGCAGAACUGGUCGGCCGAAAACGAAGAAAGAUCCAUUGUCGGAGUCGAGGAGCCUCAGUGUAUAUGUGCCGAGAGACGAGGCAUUUUCAGAAGUGAAGCAGAUGACAUUCUCGGCUAAAACAUUGUACUCGGUGCUUCAUUCAUUGGUACCGAUGAUACAGACUUCUGUAAUAGACAGUGAACUUGGAUUUCCCCACUUCACCGCUAUAGAGACUCUGUUCAAUGAAGGAUUCGAUCUACCAGCGCAAAGUGCUACCGGAUUUUUGGGAAAUAUUCUACCCCGACUUGUAAAGGCUAUUGCGGAUGUUGAGAAUAAUAUCCUGCGUUUUGAGACACCAGAAAUUAUUGACAGAGAUAGGUUUUGUUGGUUUAGGGACGAGGAAUUUGCUCGGCAAACUCUGGCAGGAUUAAAUCCAUGCAAUAUCAAGUUGGUUACGGAAUGGCCAUUGAAGAGCAAACUUGACCCUGAGGUAUAUGGACCUGCUGAAUCGGUAAUCACAAAGGAAAUUAUCGAACAAGAAAUUGGAGGGUUGAUGACACUUGAGAAGGCAUUGGAGCAAAAGAAACUGUUCAUUUUAGAUUAUCAUGACUUGUUAUUACCUUAUGUGAAUAAAGUAAGAGAGCUCAAGGGAACAACUCUCUACGGAUCGAGGACAUUGUUUUUCUUAAUGCCUUCAGGCACGUUGAGGCCCUUAGCCAUUGAGCUAACACGGCCGCCAAUAGAUGGGAAGCCACAAUGGAAGGAUGUAUUCCAGCCGUGUUGGGACGCCACUGGCAUCUGGCUGUGGAGGUUGGCUAAAGCCCAUGUCCUUGCUCAUGACUCUGGUCUUCAUCAGUUAGUCAGUCACUGGCUAAGAACUCAUUGUUGUGUGGAGCCUUACAUAAUUUCAACCAAUAGACAAUUGAGCGCAAUGCACCCGAUUUACAGACUAUUACAUCCUCACCUGCGAUACACAAUGGAGAUUAACGCUUUAGCUCGCGAGGCCCUUAUUAAUGCAGAUGGAAUCAUUGAGAAGGCAUUCUCUCCAGGCAAAUACUGUGCAGAGCUGUGCUCUGCAGCCUACGACCAACUAUGGCAAUUCGACCUUCAGGCUCUUCCAGCUGAUUUAAUUAAUAGGGGAAUGGCGGUGGAGGAUCCAACAGCUCCGCAUGGCCUAAAGCUAACAAUAGAAGACUACCCCUAUGCCAACGACGGUUUACUUCUUUGGGAUGCCAUCAAGCAAUGGAUUACGGACUAUGUCACUUACUACUAUCCCGAAGCAAACCUUGUAAAAUCUGACAAUGAACUACAAGCAUGGUGGACUGAAAUUCAAACAGUCGGCCACGGGGACAAGAAGGAUGAGCCCUGGUGGCCGGUGUUAGAAACAUCAGAAGACCUAAUUGGGAUUCUCACAAACAUGGUAUGGGUAACUUCAGGUCACCAUGCUGCUGUAAACUUUGGUCAAUAUGAUUUCGCAGGAUAUUUCCCAAACAGGCCUUCCAUUGCUAGAGCAAUAAUGCCAAAGGAAAAUCCAAACGAUGCAGAGAAGGAACAAUUUCUGAAUAGGCCCGAGGAGUUUCUCCUGGCUUGUUUCCCUUCACAAGUUCAAGCAACAAGUGUGAUGGCUAUUUUAGACGUUUUGUCAAACCAUUCACCUGAUGAGGAAUAUCUCGGGGAGAAGAUCCAGCCGUACUGGGAAGAAGAUAAGUAUAUAAGUGCUGCAUUCAAACGGUUUAAUGGGAAAUUGAAGGAGAUUGAAGGUAUCAUUGAUGCUAGAAAUGCAGAUGGAAAUCUGAAGAACAGAUCUGGAGCUGGGGUAGUUCCAUAUCAGCUUUUGAAGCCAUUUUCUGAACCUGGAGUAACGGGGAAGGGUGUGCCUAAUAGCAUUUCCAUUUGAUGUAAGAAUGCUUUAUAUGAGCAAACUCCAAAUAAAUGUCUGCCGUGUGAAUUUGGAAAAGGGAAAAUGAAUAAAAGUUACAUUUAUUAA